GCGGCCGCGGGAGCCUCCGGAGCAAGAGCUGCAGCGCCGCCGGGAACAGAGGCGGCGGCGACACGACGCGCAGCAGCUGCAGCAGCUCAAGCACCUGGAGUCCUUGUGAGUCCGUCACGCCCGCCCCCGACUAAUGCGAGGAAUGGGGUCGGGGCCCGCGGUCGCGCGGCGGAGCCCGCCCGGCGUUGGAGACCUGCGAGUGGGCAGUUAUGAAAAACCUCCUCCUGGACUUAUCAAGGAAGAUGAGACUAAGCCAGAAGACUGUAUACCAGAUGUCCCAGGCAAUGAACAUGCCAGGGAAUUUCUGGCCCACGCACCAACCAAAGGACUUUGGAUGCCACUGGGGAAAGAAGUCAAAGUCAUGCAGUGUUGGCGUUGUAAACGGUAUGGUCACCGAACGGGCGACAAAGAAUGCCCUUUCUUUAUCAAAGGCAACCAAAAGUUAGAACAGUUCAGAGUAGCACAUGAAGAUCCCAUGUACGACAUCAUUCGAGAGAAUAAAAGACAUGAAAAGGAUGUAAGGAUACAACAGUUAAAACAGUUACUGGAGGAUUCAACAUCAGAUGAAGAUGGGAGCAGCUCCAGUUCCUCAGAAUGUAAAGAGAAACACAAGAAAAAGAAGAAGAAAGAGAAGCAUAAGAAAAAGAAGAAAGAAAAGAAAAAGAAGAAAAAACGAAAGCAUAAGUCUUCCAAGUCAAAUGAGAGUUCAGACUCAGAGUGACAAGAGCUUGACUUGUUCAACAUUCUCUUCUCAGAAAUCAAACACCGUGGCCAAAGAGCAGAGGAAUGUGGAAUCAGAGAGGAAUAGGAGAGAGAGACACCAAGAGAGGAGGAGAUUUGGUGUCACAGGUGUGAAUUCUCACCUACCUUCCAGUAAAGAUGUGACCCCCAGAAGAGUGAGUUGUAUCUUGCCAGGUGCUAGCUCUGGACAGAGGCUGAUUUCAGGCUGGAAAGCUUUUCUCAUUGUUCUCCUCCCUGCUGAUCACUGUGGGUCCUGAUUCCUUAGAAAUGCCUCUGGCAGGGUGGCCAGACUAAGGGAAUCUCUGAGGAAGCUCUUCCAGGUGCUGCCACAGCUUCCACCCUCCAUGGUGGGGCUACUUAAUACCCUUAGAUUUCAGGCUUGACUUUCCUCUGUUGUUGAGGAUAAUAAAAGCUAGUUAUUUAUUUUUUUAAUGUA